GGCUGAUAAAAGUGGAAACCUUCCUCGUUUCCAGCCGAUUGGCGUUUCUGUUAUGAAUACGCGUAUGUCAAUCGCUGUAGCUGUACCUGUCUGAAAAAUGGCAACCACUGCUGAAACGAUUCGCACCAAUCUUUACGCUGAUCUGCAAAAGUUCGGCCAGAUCAGCGACUACGAGCGGACUCUGAAGAUCGCCAACAAAAUCCUUCAUUCGAACCACGAGGACGAAAAAGCGUUUCAGUUCAGGAUUAUCUCACUGAUCCAGCUGUCGAGGUUCGAGGACGCCCUUCUCGCUUUCACUAAGUUCCCCAGCUUCGCCAAGACCUUACAGUUCGAGAAGGCCUACGCCCUUUAUAGGAUCAACAGGAUUGAGGAGGCACUUGAAGUGCUUGAGACUGUGCAAGAUCCUGAUAUUAAACAUAAUGAGCUCAAAGCCCAAGUUUAUUAUAGACUAGAAAGGUUUGAAGAGUGCUUUGACCUUUACAGAGAUGUAAUUAAACAAACCAAUGAUGAAUUUGAUGAGGAAAGGCAAACAAACCUUGCUGCUAUAGUGGUGAAUCUCGUCCUCUCUGGAAAGCCAAUGGAAAUGCCUGAAUUUGAGUGUGACACGUUUGAAAUAAAAUAUAAUUUCGCAUGCUACCAGAUGGCGAAAUGCAUGUAUGCUGAGGCAGAAAAAACACUGAAGAUUUCUGAGAAAAUUUGCAGGGAGUCGUUUGAUGAGGAUACACCUGUCGAAGAGGUGGAUGAUGAGGUCAGUAUCAUUAAACUACAGCAGGCUUGUUGUGCACACUUUCAGGGACAUGAGAAAGAGGCAUUAUCUAUAUACACGUCAAUGCUAAAGAAAAAGCCUUCUGACUUGGCUGUUGUUGCUGUAGCUAGUAACAACAGUAUUGCCAUCAACAGGGGUCAGAAUUUGUUUGACUCUAAAAAGAAAAUGAAGAAUAUCAUGAAUGAUUCUGUCCUUCCUAAGUUGACACGGUCACAAAAACAGGUCAUAGACAUGAACCAUUGCUUGCUUAAUAUGUACACAAACCAAGGUGAACAGGCAUUGGCAAUAUGUGACAAUUUAGUUAAAAAACAUCCAGGGAUGGAAGAGAAUGCAGUGCUUAUGAAAGCUUCUAUUUUUGCCAGAGAAAACAGAGUCCCAGAGUCUAUAAAUCUUUUAGAAUCACAUGGAAAAAAGAACCCUUCAAGCAAACUAAAAAUGAAGUUGGCCAUUGUUCAGUUGCUACUAAAUGAUUCUAAAGUUUUAGAAGCUGUAAAAGUAUUGGAGUCCUUGGGAGACGCAACAUUUUGGCCUGGUAUUGUCAGUGCUAUUGUAACAAUGUAUUUAGAAAUGGGGAAGCCGCAGGACGCAUCAAAAAUUUUGGAAAAGGCUGUUUCGUGGAACCAGAAAAAUAAAACAACUGUCGGUGACCUGAGUGCUCUUUGGAGACAUGCUGCUGAUUUACAUCUUAGAAACGGCCAACCUGAAAUUGCAGCAUCAAGUCUAGAAGAACUUCUGAAAAUCAAUUCCAAUGACGUCAUGACACUUGCUCAAUUAAUAAUAGCUUAUGCUCAGUUUGACCCAACUAAGGCGAAUAACAUGAGCAACAAGCUUCCUCACCUGGUUGAUCUCACACCCAACAUUGAUGCUGACACUCUUGAAUCCACCAGUUGGAUGAUGGGCAUGAAAGUGAUCAAAAAAGCUGCUAAGGUUGAUCCUUCUCCUGGAACACCACUUGUCAAAAAGAAAAAAUCCCACUCUAAACGUAAAAAGCACCUUCCGAAGAACUACAAUCCAAACGUCACCCCUGACCCUGAACGUUGGUUGCCCAAACACGAAAGGUCAACAUUUAGGAAAAAGAAAGACAGGCGGAAUAAAGAUGUAGGGAAAGGAACUCAGGGCACUGCAGCAGGAGCUUCAGACCAAUACGACAUGUCUAAGAUGGCCAAUGCCUCCAAAUUGGCUCAAAACACACCCAGCCCUCCUCAAGAAGGACCAAGGCAACAACAGAGAAAAAUACAGCAAAAGAAAAAAAAGAAAUCUGGAAAGCGUUAAAAUUCUAUUAUGUAUAUAUUAUAAAAGGUGUUGUUUUUUUUAAAUUUAAUUUUUAUG